AUGCCCGCCGCCGGCGCCCUCGUUUCGUUCGACGCGCAGCUAGCCAAGCGGCAGCAGGAUGAGCUGCAGCGGUACAACGGAACGCGGGCCGUCUCGCACUACGCGGGGCCGAAGGUGAAAUGGGAGGAUACGGGCCUGUACAAGGCCAUGGUCAAGAGCCAGGAGAUCGAGGAGGAGCUGGUCAAGAUCCGCAACCUCAUCCGCAAGCGCACGGACCUGUUCUACGAGGAGGGCGACGACGACUUUGGGGCCGCCCCCGCGCGGCAGUUCGACGUCAAGGCUGGGAUCCUCGCCGGGCGGGCGGUGGCGGCGGAGGAGAAGUAG